AGAGCAAAGAGGGAGGUAGUUUCCUUUUCCAUAUAAGAUACUUGUUUCACGAUUCCAAAGUUUCAAAUCUCCAAUAUUUCGAUUUCAAUUUGCAAAAAAAUAAAAAUUGCAGGUAAGAAGAUAAGGAGAAAUUGAAGUAUCUGUGUUCAUUUCAAAGCUAGAGGGGAAAAGUCGAUCCAGAUCCAGGUGCUUCCGCUGAUUUGUCAUCUUUCCCCAACAUAGUAGAAGAAGAAGCUGAAUUCAAUGGCAGAUGCAACACAGCUUGUUGCUCUUGCUCCUCUGGCUAGAUUUCAAGAGAUCUUGAAGAAGAUCUCUCAAAUGGUGGAGAAAUCUCGAAAGAGUGGAAUCGCUCAGAGAAUUCUAAGGUCAACGCUCAUAGAAUUUAACCAUGUUGUGCUGGAAAUCAAGCGUUACAACGAGCACUUGGCUCAGCCUAGAGAAGAAAUCAAAACCCUCAUCAGAGAAAAAGAUGCAGGGGAAGAAGGAGAAAAAGGGGACAAGUGUGUCAAUUCCUGUCUUCAGGUUUUCACUGACAGAGUUUGGCAUGGUAAGGAUGAUUCUGAUUCGGUUGAUGCUGAUGAGAAGCAAGCUCUCACAGCGAAAGAUGUUAAGGAAACGCUUUACAAGGUGAGGGAGAUUCUUGAGCUUCUUACCCAAGAGGAUGGAGGAGCUGGAACAUCAAAAAUCAAGGCUCCUUUUGAUGUUCCUGUGAAACCAGAUUUCACUGUUGGGUUGGAUGUGCCCUUGAGCAAGCUGAAGAUGGAGCUUCUCAAGGACGGUGUCUCGGUCGUCGCUGUGACCGGUUUAGGUGGGUUGGGGAAAACAACUUUGGCUGCAAUGGUUUGUUGGGAUAAACAAAUUAAGGGUAAGUUCAGGGAAAAUAUUUUAUUUGUAACAUUCUCGAAAACGCCCAACGUGAAGAAUAUUGUAGAGAGACUAUUUGAACACUUUGGAUAUGAAGUGCCUGAGUUUCAAAGCAAUGACGAUGCAGUUUAUCAAUUGGGGCCUUUAUUUAAGAAGUGUGAAGGAAAUCCGUUAUUGUUGGUUUUGGAUGAUGUCUGGCCUGGUUCAGAAGACCUUGUUGAGAAAUUCAAAGUCCAGAUAUCAGAUUAUAAAAUUUUAGUGACUUCAAGGAUUACGUUUCCUAGAUUUGGCACCCCAUGUGUUCUAAAGCCUCUUGCCCAUGAAGAUGCAAUAACCCUUUUCCGUCACUAUGCUCUCUUGAAAGAUAGUAGUUCAAAUAUUCCUGACGAUAAUCUUGUCCAAAAGGUGGUGGGAAGUUGCAAAGGUUUACCACUUGCUAUUAAAGUGAUUGGUACAUCACUCAGGAGUAGGCCUUAUGAGUUGUGGCAGAAAAUAGUGAAGGAACUGUCACAAGGUCAUUCUGUACUUGAUUCUCAUACUGAGUUACUUACUCGCCUCCAAAAGAUCUUAGAUGUUUUGGAAGAUAAUCCUGUCAUCAAGGAGUGCUUCAUGGACUUAGCAUUAUUUCCUGAAGACCAAAGAAUUCCUGCUACUGCUCUCAUUGAUAUCUGGGCAGCAUUGUAUGAACUAGAUGAACUAGAAGUGAUGGACAUCAUCAAAAAAUUGGACUCCAUGAAUCUGGCUAAUUUCUUUGUUGCAAGGAAAAAUACAAGUGACACUGAUGAUUACUACUACAGUAACCACUUCAUCGUCCUUCAUGAUCUUCUAAGAGAGCUAGGAAUUUAUCAAAGCAUACAGGAACCAGUUGGAAAGAGAAAAAGACUGAACAUUGACACGAACGAAGAUAAACUUGAAUGGUUGCUUCAGGAGAAGCAGCAAGGCAUAAUGUCCCGCACGUUGUCAAAAAUUCGUAGAUUGUGUCUUAAACAGAAGCCUCAACUGGUCCUUGCCCGCACAUUGUCUAUAUCAACUGAUGAAACUUGCACUCCAGAUUUGUCCCUAAUUCAACCAGCUGAAGCUGAGGUUCUGAUUUUAAAUCUUCGAACUAAGAAGUACUCCCUUCCAGAGAUCUUGGAGGAAAUGAAUAAACUUAAAGCUUUGAUAGUCACAAAUUACGGUUUCCAUCCUUCUGAACUAAACAAUUUUGAGCUACUAGACUCUUUAUCCAACCUGAAGAGAAUCAGACUAGAACAGAUUUCUGUUCCUUCCUUUGGCACAUUAAAGAAUCUUAAAAAGUUAUCCCUCUGCAUGUGCAAUAUCAGGCUGGCCUUUGAAAAGGGUAGCAUCCUAAUUUCAGAUUCAUUUCCAAAUCUUGAAGAUCUGAACAUUGACUAUUGCAAGGAUAUGGUAGGAUUGCCUAAUGGGGUCUGUGAUAUUAUCUCACUAAAGAAGCUCGGUGUUACUAAUUGCCACAAGCUUUCUGGGCUGCCCCAAGAAAUUGGAAAGUUGGAGAAUUUGGAACUCCUGAGGCUGAGUUCCUGUACUGAUUUGAAAGGAUUACCAGAUUCUAUUGGAAGGCUUUCAAAACUAAGACUUCUUGACAUAUCAAACUGCAUAAGCCUUCCAAGUUUGCCAGAGGAAAUUGGUAACCUGUGUAAUCUAAAAAGUCUCUAUAUGACAAGUUGUGCAGGGUGUGAAUUGCCAUCCUCAAUUGUCAAUCUUCAGAAUCUAACGGUGGUUUGUGAUGAAGAGACGGCUGCUUCAUGGGAAGCUUUUGAAUAUGUGAUUCCCAAUCUGAAGAUAGAGGUUCCUCAGGUUGAUGUUAACUUGAAUUGGCUUCAUUCAACCAGCGUCUAAGACCUCUUUCUUUAAAUUGGUUUUGGAUCAGUGGUCAUGUGUGAUAUUUCUUUUUAAUUGAAGGAAAUAAUCUAGUUUAAAAACUUGAAUAAUAAUCCUCCUCAUGUUGUUUAUAGAAUGACAUGUUUCUUUAAGUUGCUGAAUAAUCUAGUUUAAAAGACUUGAAUAAUAAUCCUCCUCAUGUUGUUUAUAGAAUAACAUGUUUCUUGUAAGUAGCUGUAGUAUUUCUUGUAAAUACUGUUACUUGAAAGAGGUAGGAGAUUUCAUGUAUGUUUUUUUUUAUGCUUGAUUUCAAGUAUGUUUGGUGUAAUGUUAUGUGUAGAGACAUACUUUGUAGUGUGAUGUAAUAAAAUAAACUAUUGCAUUGUUUUA